GCAAAUAAAGAUGGUUCAGCCCAAAUGCCCAAUCAACACACGAACUCCUACAAUUUUAUAGUUUCAACCCCAAAAGAAUUACAAAUUACGCAUCUUCCUCAUCAACAAACUGUAAAUUGUUCCUUUGGACUUCUCAUACUUUCAUCCUUCCUGUUUUCGUCUGAGAUCGUCAAAUGCAGUCCUUCAAAGCCGCUCCCAGUAACCCACAGGGUACAGGAACAAACACGGAACAGGUGUAUUCUGAAUUGGAGAAUUUUGUUGUGACAGAAAAUAGUUUGAAUAAUGACCAGUCUGUGGAUGUCGAGGACAGUGGUUCGGGGGAUAAUAGUGAGUUGGAUCCAGAGGCAUCACGAUUAAUUCCUGGGCUUCCUGAUGACAUUGCACUUUUCUGCUUGGCAAGGGUUCCUCGAAGGCAUCACGUGCUUCUGAAAUGUGUGUCAAGAAAAUGGAGAGACUUGGUUAGUGGUGAAGAGUGGCACUCCUAUAGAAAAAAACAUGAUCUCCAGGAGAGUUGGAUUUGUGCCUUAGGUAGAGAUAAGUCUGAACAGCUGUGUUGUUAUGUUUUGGACCCAACUCGAUUAAAAAGGGGAUGGAAGCCCAUUCUAGGACUUCCACAACGCUGCAUAAGGAGAAAAGGUGUAGGCUUUGAAGUGUUAGGGAAGAAACUAUUCCUAUUCGGUGGAUGUGGCUGGAUUGAAGAUGCUACUAACGAAGUCUAUUGCUAUGAUGCUGCCAUGAAUAAGUGGAAUCAAGCUACUUCCUUGGUGGUUCCAAGGUGCUACUGUGUAUCUGAAGUGUUGGAUGAAAAAAUCUAUGCAAUUGGGGGCAUAGGGCCAAAUUCCAAUAAUUUACCUUCCUGGGAAACUUACAACACGGAAAUAAGAAGUUGGACUUUGCAUGAAAACCCUAACAUUUUCCCUGAUAUUGAAGAUUCUAUAGUCUUGGGUGGGAAGAUUUACAUUCGCGGGGGUUCUUCGCCUCAAUCUUCUUCAGUGUCUGCAUUUGUUUAUGAACCAUCAAGCAGCACAUGGCAGCCGGCAGCUUCUGAGUUAGUAUCAGGUUGGUAUGGUCCAGCAGUUGUCGUAGAUGGAACGCUUUAUGUGUUAGAUCAGUCUUCAGGUACCAGGUUGAUGAUGUGGCAAAAGGAUAUUAGGGAAUGGGUGGCAGUUGGGAGAUUGUCACCCCUAUUGACAAAGCCUCCCUGUCGGCUUGUGGCCGUGGGGAACAAUAUCUUCAUUAUUGGAAAGGGCCUUAGCACCGUCGUUUUUAAUGUUGAAAACGCAAGGAACAUGAAUGGUGUGUUAGUGAGCACUUCCAUUCCAAAGUCAAUAUCUGAUGAUGAUGUAAUAAGUUGUAAAGCAAUCACAAUCUAAGUGUGGGAAUAUCAAAGUGUAACAGCUUGCUGUGACUUGUUAAUGUCCUUUACUACCGUCAGUGACACAUCUGUUUUGCGUAUGGUUCAAAGGGUUCCUAUUCAGCUGGCGUCAUGGUUGGGAUUAUACAAGCAAAAUCCGUUAGUAUUUUUGUAUUCAAUGAUUUCAUACCUUGUACACAUACUGUAGAAUUUCCAUUUAGAGCAUUCAGAUAUGGUGGGUAAUUAUAUCUCCACUUGUAUCAUACUUCUUCUCUAAAAUGCUUUAGCUAUUGACUGAAA